CAAAUAGGAAGUUGGAAAGAAGUUAUUUAUUUUCAGCUAUUUUUCCUUUGAUUUAAAGCUCUCUUACUGUAUAUUUACAUGACUUCCAUUCGUAUUUUGAUGAACAACAUGUAGAACUACAGGUCGUCAAAUAGACCAGGAGCUUCAAUGGGAACAACACACAUUUAUGUCAGGCUAACUCUGUGUCGAAUUGAAAUAUAAAAUGGAUUGAAGCCAAUAAAUUCUCAACUUUGUUUAUAUAAAGUAAGCACCGAAAAGUGUACUAUUAUGUCUGGUGUUGGAGUAGGUGCUGGAAAGUCAUCGCGACUGAGGGGACCGAAGAUGACUCUAAAGUAUAAAAACUUUUACGUGAUGCUAUUCUUGAUUUUGAUAGUCGGGAUUGUGGUCACGGGGAUAUUCCAGUUUUGGCCACAUGAUAUGGACAGUGACCAAGAUUCUCUGAGUCGUCAUAAACGGUCGCAGUAUUUAAAUUAUCAUGGUGAAAUCACCAUUAAAACAAACAGUGCCAAACCAUUAAUAGGAAACGAAUCAUGUACAUUUCACACAUGUUUCAACGUGUCUCAUUGCGGAUACAAUGACGAAAAUAGGAUAAGUGUGUAUAUAUACCCAUUGGUUCGAUAUCUCGAUGAAAAUGAUGUCUCAAUUUCAAUCCCACUCUCAAAGGAAUUCCAUGAGAUACUCACGACUAUUGCCAAUAGCGAUUUCUACACUGAGAACGCUGAUGAGGCGUGUCUAUUUCUCCCUAGUCUAGAUUUACUCAACCAGAACAAUGUAAGGCUAGAUGUGACAGCUCAAGUCUUACAAACUCUACCCAGAUGGAAUAAUGGGACCAAUCAUCUUCUAUUCAACAUGUUGCCAGGCAACAUGCCCGAUUACAACACAACACUAGAUGUACAUCGGGGUUUGGCGCUGUUAGCUGGCGGUGGUUUUUCAACAUGGAGUUAUCGACGGAACUUUGAUGUCCCAAUUCCUGUGUACAAUCCAAUGAUCUCACAUAUAGAUCUACCCGAGAUAUCAUAUUUAGAAAAGCGAAGAUAUUUAUUUGUGGCUGGUCAGACAGGGAUUCAUACAGAGUAUCGUGCAGACCUCGAGAAAGUAGCGUCAACCCACAAAAAUGUUCUAGUCCUAGAUAAGUGCACAAUGGACCCCACGGACACAUCUGGCAAGUUCAACUUUACCCAAAGAUGCCGUGAAGAGAAAAAAUAUAACUAUCCACAUAUAUUACAGCACGGGACAUUCUGUAUCGUACUACGUGGAGCAAGACUUGGGCAGACUGCACUAUAUGAUUGCAUGAAAGCAAGCAGCAUCCCAGUUAUAAUAGCAGACUCCUAUAUUAUGCCUUUCUCUGAGGUGCUAGAUUGGGAAAGAGCAGCUGUGGUUGUACGUGAAGAUGACCUUGCAGAUAUAGGGCACAUCCUGGAGGACAUUUCUAUAGAGAAGAUACACUCCAUGCGGAAACAGGUUAAAUUCUACUAUGAGACAUACUUUGCAACAAUAAAAGACAUCACACUGACAACAUUACAGAUUAUUAAUGACAGAGUGUUUCCAUAUGCAGGGAGGAAGUACGAAGAAUGGAAUGAGCCUCCAUAUAGGGAUGGUGUCGUGAAUCCAUUGUUCCUCCCCCUGAUGCCGCCCAAGUCUGCAGGGUUCACUGCAGUUAUACUCACAUUUGAUCGUCUCGAAUCUUUGUUCCGUGUCAUCACAGAGGUUGCCAAGACACCCAGUCUCUCUAAAGUCCUUGUUGUCUGGAAUAACCAGAAAAAGCUCCCACCUCAAGCCUCACUUUGGCCAAAGAUCAACAAACCUUUGAAAGUCGUACAGACACGACAGAACAAGCUAAGUAACAGAUUCUACCCUUAUGAUGAGAUUGAGACAGAGGCUAUACUGGCCUUAGAUGAUGAUAUAGUUAUGAUGACAACUGAUGAACUAGAGUUUGGAUACCAGGUUUGGCGUGAGUUUCCCGAUCGUCUCGUUGGCUUUCCUUCAAGGCUCCAUCUAUGGGACAACACAACACAGAAAUGGAAGUAUGAAUCUGAGUGGACCAGUGAGAUAUCAAUGGUCCUUACAGGGGCAGCAUUUUAUCAUAAGCACUACAGUUUCUUAUACACGAAUGCAAUGCCAGGAAACUUAAAGAAAUGGGUCGACAAGCAUAUAAACUGUGAGGAUAUUGCGAUGAACUUUCUUAUAGCAAACCACACAAGAAAAGGAGCAGUGAAGGUCGCACCGAGGCAGAAAUUCAAAUGCCCAGAGUGUAAAAAUAUGGACAUGUUAUCAGCUGAUGCAACCCACUUGGUCGAACGGUCAGAGUGCGUCCAUUAUUUCACUCAGUUAUACGAGGCAAUGCCUUUAAAAACAGUCGAGUUCCGAGCAGAUCCAGUGUUAUACAAGGACGAUUUCCCCGAUAACUUGAAAUCAUAUAGUAAUAUUGGAAGUUUGUAAAUUCACAUAUGCUCAAAAUUAUUGUCCAUGCAUAAUCUGUAUACAAUCUUUAAAAGUGCCACAUUUUGAUCUUGAACUUUUAUUCUUAUUGAAUUUUGAAGUUGUAUGUACACUGUACAUGUACAGUGAAACACCUUGUAUAAGACACCAAUAAAAUUGAGAGGUGUUUAAAACUUGAUAUCCUGAAAGUCGAUGGCAUAUCUAAAUAAUUGGACAUGAAGAAGUGUUCAUUUUUGGGGUUGUUUGCCUCAAAGAGGUAUUCAUAUAUUAAGGUAAAUGUACGUACCUAUUUUCAGUCAUACUGAUCAAUUUUAAGAGGCUGGUGCCAAAUAUAUCAUGACAUUUUUCUGUACUAAUUUUAUAUUUUCUCAUGCAUGUACAGGUAUUAGAGGCUUUGGUUAAAAUACAAAGGUCUACACUUAACUAUGUAACUGCAAAUAAAUAAGGUAUUCAAUAGUGUAAUGUUAAAUUGACUGUAGACUGUCUGAAUGGAUAGCUUAACCUUUUGACUAUCUGGAGAGAGAUUUCUCGUCACCUCAGAAAUGACCUUGAAACCCAGAGUGUUGAGAAGAUCCGUCACAAAAUGUUUCACUAAAAUUGCUCUUAU